ACCAAUGUCAUCACCGAGCUCUCCUAGAUUAUCACGAAACUCUUUCUUAUUGGUUAUAUAUUUUUACUUUUCAAGGUCAAGAUAUUAGCACCAACCAAAGAAAAACAAAAAACAAAAAAAAGAGAACAGUUGACCACUCAAGAAGAGCACCUCAGAGAUCGAUGGAGGAAAUGAAGCCAUGCGCCGCUAACUCACCGCCGUUGACGCCGUUAGGCUUCUUAGAGAGAGCCGCCACUGUUUACGGUGACUGUACCUCCAUCGUUUACGGAAGCAACACCUCUUACACGUGGCGGGAUACAAACCUCCGCUGCCUCCGCGUCGCCUCGUCUCUGUCUUCACUCGGAAUCGGCAAGUCCGACGUCGUCUCCGUCCUUUCUCCCAACACUCCGGAGAUGUACGAGCUCCAGUUCGCUGUUCCCAUGUCCGGCGCAAUCCUCAACAACAUCAACACUCGCCUCGACGCACGCACCGUCUCUGUUCUUCUCCGUCACUGUGGAUCUAAGCUUCUCUUCGUCGACGUCUUCUCUCACGAUCUCGUCGUCGAAGCGAUCUCGAUGAUGACGACUGAUCCGCCGGUUUUAGUCCUUAUCGCCGAUAAAGAAGAAGAGGGAGGAGGUGCUGACGUGGCUGAUCGCAGCAAAUUCAAUUACACUUACGAUGAUCUGAUCCAAAGAGGUGAUCCGAAUUUCAAAUGGAUCCGACCCGAAAGCGAAUGGGAUCCGCUUGUGUUAAAUUACACUUCCGGUACGACUUCGGCUCCCAAAGGAGUGGUACACUGCCACAGAGGACUCUUCAUGAUAUCGGUUGACUCUCUAAUCGAUUGGACCGUACCGAAAAACCCGGUUUACUUAUGGACUCUACCGAUAUUUCACGCUAACGGUUGGAGCUAUCCAUGGGGUAUGGCUGCAGUCGGAGGAACCAACGUCUGUUUGCGUAAGUUUGACGCGCCGUUAAUCUACCGCUUGAUACGUGAUCACGGCGUCACGCAUAUGUGUGGAGCUCCGGUGGUGCUCAACAUGUUGUCUGCGACUCAGGAAUCUCGGCCGCUAAACCGUCCCGUCAGCAUUUUAACCGCCGGUGCUCCCCCUCCGGCCGCUGUUCUCCUCCGCGCUGAAUCAAUCGGUUUCGUGAUCAGUCACGGUUACGGGUUAACCGAAACGGCCGGCUUAAACGUGUCUUGCGCGUGGAAGCCACAGUGGAACCGGUUACCGGCGACUGAUCGGGCGAGGUUGAAGGCACGGCAAGGAGUGAGAACCCUCGGGUUUACUGAGAUCGACGUAGUGGAUCCUGAGUCAGGUCGGAGCGUUGAGAGGAACGGAGAAAGCGUCGGAGAAAUAGUGAUGAAAGGAAGCUCGGUCAUGCUCGGUUACCUAAAAGAUCCGAUCGGAACAGAGAAAGCUCUGAAGAACGGGUGGUUUUACACCGGAGACGUUGGUGUGAUUCACUCGGAUGGUUAUCUAGAGAUUAAGGAUAGAUCAAAAGAUAUAAUCAUAACCGGAGGAGAGAAUGUGAGCAGCGUGGAGGUCGAAGCGGUUAUGUAUACGAAUCCGGCGGUGAGUGAAGUGGCGGUGGUGGCAAGACCUGAUGAGUUUUGGGGAGAGACGCCGUGUGCGUUUGUGAGUUUGAAAGAAGGGCUGAGUAAGAAACCGACGGAGGAGGAGAUGAUAGAGUACUGUAGGAAGAAGAUGCCAAGGUAUAUGGUUCCUAAAACUGUGUCGUUUGUAGAUGAAUUGCCUAAGACUUCGACGGGGAAAGUUAUGAAGUUUGUACUGAGGGAGAUUGCUAAGAAGAUGGGAACGACGAGGUUAAGUCGGAUGUAAAAAUUGCCCGAAAACGACGUAAGUUGAAGCUGUGUGUUCACUUUUAAGAAGAGAGUUUUUAUCCACCUCCAACAUAUGUAUGUUGUCGUCUCGUUGUCUUUGUGCGGAAUAGUGAAUUUACUUUAUGCUUUUGUUGAGUUGUACAAUUCUUUAUCCUUUCAAGUGUAACAUUUCGUAUGGUGCAACCAAACAAUCUUGUCCUUUGCCAAA